AUGCUCAGUGUGGUUAUUUAUGUGAUACUCUAUCGUAGCCAACUGAGACCAACAAAACGUUCGGAGAGGCUAAACAGUUCCAGUGAACGGUAUUUUACAAUAGAUGCCUGCAAUUAUGCCUUAGAAGAGAAAUCGGUCUUUUUGUGGAGAAAGACGUCCUUGCCUUUGCGAAGUGUCCCUUGCGAGGACUACCUGACCCAGAAUCACUACAUCACAAGCCCCCUGUCAGAAGAAGAAGCUGAGUUCCCUCUGGCAUAUGUCAUGGCCAUCCACAAGGACUUUGAUACUUUCUCCAGGCUCUUUAGGGCAAUCUACAUGCCCCAAAACGUCUACUGUGUUCAUGUGGAUGAGAAAGCCACAGCUGCGUUUAAGAAAUCCGUGCAGCAGUUACUGAGUUGCUUUGAAAAUGCUUUUCUGGCUUCUAAGAUGGAGCCAGUUGUCUAUGGUGGGAUUUCCAGGCUCCAGGCUGACCUGAACUGCCUCAAAGACCUUGUGGCCUCC